AAAGCUAACGUGAUGAUUCAUGUUCUGACCUUCUCUGCAGAUAUUUCACUGUUCCAGGUUUCCUCAUUAACAGGACAUGCAGAUGAACGUCUGACAGGAAGUCAGAGCAUUGCAUCAUUCUUUGACGUCAUGUCCUGCAGUCUGACACUCCUGGUCCUCAUCCUUCUAAUCCCUCCAUCAUCCCACCAAGUGGUGGCGCUCUGGCGCCGGGGAAACCGAGUGUCCUCCAUUAAUGCCUGCCAGCAGUCUGAGGCGGCGGACGGAGGACUGACAGUUCGCUGCAGCGGACUCCGACUGACUCAGAUACCCAUCGGCCUGUCCAAUCACACCACCCAUCUGUUUCUGAACAACAACCGGCUCAGUUCUCUGCCCGCCUUCUGCUUCUCUGACCUGUUCCUGUUGGAUGAGCUCGACCUGUCCCACAACCAGCUCUCCUCUCUUGAACCUGGAUGUUUCUCUGGCCUGGUGCCUUCUCUCCAGUACUUGGACCUCUCAUCCAAUCGUCUCACCACUUUGGACCCAGCGGUUCUUGGUGGACUUCAGGUCCAAGCCAACCUGAGCCAGAACCCAUGGCACUGUGACUGCAGCAUGCAGAUGGCUGCACCUCAGCUGAACGUGGACAUUUCCUCUCUGGAGAAAGUAAUCUGUCAGACGUCGGACCUUCCGAACCUCGGAGCUGUUGGACUUCCAUUGGUCUUACUGAUGCAGGACUGGGAUCUGUGUCAGUCAGUGAGGAGAACCACAGACUUCCUGACCCUGAUCACUAUGUUCCUCUGGUUUGUCAUGCUCAUGUCCUACCUGAUCUACUACAUUCGCCAUAACCAGGUGGUCGCCCGGCGUCACCUGGAGUACCUCAAGUUCUUGGAGAGCCGGGACCCUUUUAGACCCAAUAAAGAUCUCCUUUAACAUCAUUCAACUCUGAUCAAUAAGAACUUUCAAUACAAACCCUAAAACCUUCUCAAAGAUCUUUAAUCCUGAUCCAAAAUGAUUGUUUUCUCUAAAGGUUCUGAUUUAAUUGCUGACAGAACCCUGUUAACAACUGCAAUAAUACCUUCAUGCACCAUGGAUCCCCCAUGUCCCAUAGAACCACUAAAUGACCUUCUAAAACGUCAUUAGGCAACCAACAUAACAUCUCAUUAAGAUACUUCAUCAUCAAAAUUUAACCUCGCUUCAGUCUGGAUUCAGCAGAUAGAACUUUGACCCGAACUGGUAGAUGUUGUUUAGAAAUUCUGAAUCCCAAGGACCACCUACAGAUAAUGUUUCUUAAGAAGUUCUCUUAACAAACACUUGAACUUCCCUAGUCCCUUUUAGGACUGAAGAACCCCCCCCCCCCAAAUUUUUGUUUUAAGAUUAAUUAAAUACUUCAUUAAACAAAUAAAUCCAACAGAAACUAACCGCAGAACCAACCCUGAACCUGCAGAUCCACUUUGGAGCCAGAAGUAUUCAUUGGAUCUCACCUAAGACCUUCAAAACCAUUUAGGCAUCUAUAGAAGAACCAUGUGAGGGAUUCAUCGAGAUCCUUCAGAGUUUAUAGGAUGUUUGGAGCUUUAAAACAUUCUGAUUUAUUGAAAAACUCCCGCAGAACCAGAUGGACUUUUCCAAGGGCGCACUGGAUGUUACGGACAUUGACAACAUAACCAGCAACUCAAACUCAAAGUUUUUCCUUGCACACAUCAUCCUUUCAGUGCUCCAUCUGAACCGUUUCCAUGGUAACCUGGCUCAGGGCUCACAGCAUCCUGACUCAGUAUGUAUCUGUUCAUCGUGUUUCUGUGCUUAAAAAGCCAAAUAAACCUUAUAAAAUCA